GCCAGCAAACUGACAUUACCACUGGCUGUCAGUUCUCAAUGUAUUAGACCCUCACCGGGAGCAAAGACUGCAGGAAGAAGAUCAUGGCACUCUAUGGGCACUUUCUCAUCCCGUUUGUUUGCCUGUUACUGGAUCUCAGAGAUCGAGUGCUCUGUGCAGAAGACAAGAUCACCAUAUUACCAAGUGAUCCCGUCAUUUGGCAGGGUGAAGCCAUUAACCUCACUUGCCAAACAACCAGCCCUAACAUCAAAGUUGGCUGGUAUGAGCUAGAUGACAGUGACGCUACAGUGAUACAUGGUGAACAGCAAGCUGUUCUUCACAUUGCAUCUGCGACAAUCCACCAUAAUGGAAAGGUAAUAUGCGUCUCAAAGAACAGGUUGAUGAAGACUGAGGUUCGGCUGACAGUUAUCGCUUUUCCAGAUCCCAAAAUGCACAUGUUCCCACAGAAGCCACUGCCUGGCCAGCCAUUCCAGGUCAGAUGCAGUCUGGACAAUGUCUAUCAACAAGUUCCUAACAUGGAGAUGCAUUUAUAUCGGGAUACCGAGAUCCUGAAAGGAUUAGAACCAUCACUACAUGAAAAGAAUCAUUUUCAGAGCUACACAUUAGAUGCCCCAGAUCAGAUAGGAACAAAGGACACUGAAUACAGGUGUGAGGCCAAUCUUCAUUCAGGAGGCAAAGUCUUCACCAAAACGGAUACUCUGUAUAUUCAUCUUCAAGGCCCUCCAGUGACAGAAGGCACUAUUACUGUUAGCACUGCUCAGGAGAAAGGGCCCGAUAGAACAACAUUACCAACACCGAGGCUCAUCAGAUACAACAGCCCUGAGGAGACUACACAUGACCUAGAGGCAACCAAACCAGGGUCUACAGUGACAGAAGUUACUAUUACUAUUAGUACUGAUCAAGAACAGGGGCCCAAUAGAACAACAUUACCAAAACCGAGACUCAUUAAAUACAACAGCCCUGAGGAAGCUAUACAUAACAUGGAUGCAUCCAAAGCAGGGCAGGACAUCAGCUUCAGCGCAGCUGUGUAUGUACCUGUAGGUGCCACCGUGGGCAGUGCGGUCACCCUCUCAUCGCUCGGCUUCAUUGUUCUUCUGUUCCGUCGCAGGAAACGCAUGGCGUCUCUAGAAACCCUCUAAACACCCUUCUGUGAACUACAGCUUCUCUCAUCAUUUUACAGCAAAGGAAUCUAGUGAUCAGUGGUGAUCCAGCAGGGAGCAGACCUCACAUUCCUGCUGAUGUAAACCCAGAGACUUUAUUGCCUGUAAUGCAUACAGGACAAAAUAUCAUUAUCAUCAAUUUGGCAACAAAACAAGCAAGCUACUUGCAUGGCAGAUUAAAAAGAAAGAUUCUGAAAAAUAUAUCCACUCUAUUAAAACAGAGGAUGGUAGAUGCUUAGAAGAACCAAAAGAUAUUAAUUUGGAAUUCAAAAAAUAUUAUGCACUAAUAUUAUAGCAC